GGCCGAAAGGUGAGUGCUAUAGGGUCCGUGGUGCAUGAGUCAGGAGAGCUCUUUUCCUCCUCCACACACACACACCAACCCAGCAACAACCAUGGCCCUCAUGGUUGCUCCGUCGCCACUCCUCACCUCCGGCGGCGGUGCCACCGCCUUCGCCACCCGGCUUACGCCGAAGAAGAAAGGCGCCGGGCUGAUCGUAAGCAAGCGCUCCAGAAUCUCGGCGCAGCUCGGUGGUGGCGGUGGAGGUGGAGAUGGAGAGACGAAGCCUGACGGCAAGAAGUUCAUCACCAGAGAACAGGAGCCAGAGCAGUACUGGCAGACUGCCGGGGAGAGGAAGGGGGAGAACCCCAUGAUGACGCCGCUGCCCUACAUCGUCAUCUUCGGCUUCUCCACCCCCUUCAUCAUCCUCGCCAUCGCCUUCGCCAAUGGAUGGAUCAAGACGUCCCUCAUCCGCUGACCUCCGGUCGACCGAUCGAGCUCUCCUCCUUCCCCUUCCGGCGAGAGAGAUGGCUUGCUUCCAUUCUAUAGAGAUUACUGUAAAGCUGUAUGUAAUUCAUUUCUUCAGAGAUCUUUAUAUAGUGGAGUCACCAGCUGCUCUGCAUUCAUGAAUGCAUCUGGUUCUUCAUAAAA